AUGGCGCAAGAUGGCGAGCGGUCAGCUCCCGCCGACAAGGGCAAGGGCAAGGUUGACGAUGUGAAAGAUUUGACCGGAGGAAAGAAGGCACAGACCGGCGAGAAGCCUCAAGCCGACGGAAAGAAGAAGGAUGAAGAGCCCCAGGAAGGUAGGCGAUACAUUGAGCCCGAGCUCAAUGAAGAAGAUCAGCAAUUGAAGAACGAGCUGGAGAUGCUCGUGGAAAGAUUAAAGGAGCCGGAUACAUCCCUCUACAGCCCUGCCUUGGAUGCGAUCAAGAAUUUCAUAAAGACUUCGACAUCUUCAAUGACCGCUGUCCCUAAGCCCCUGAAAUUUCUCCGGCCUCACUACGAUGACCUAACGGCGCUUUAUGACAAGUGGCCGGCUAGCCCGGUUAAGGACGCCUUGGCCGACAUGCUAUCAGUUCUUGGAAUGACAUACGGAGAUGAGGAGAAGCUGGAGACCCUGAAGUACCGCCUGCUGACCAAGUCGGAGGAUCUUGGCUCAUGGGGUCAUGAAUACAUCAGACACCUGGCCUUGGAGAUCGGCCAAGAAUAUCAGAACAGGCUAAACGCUGAGAAGGAUGUACAAGAUCUGAUCGACCUUGCUCUUUCUCUUGUUCCGUACUUCUUGAAGCACAACGCUGAAGCCGAUGCCGUCGACUUGCUGAGUGAGCUCGAGAUCAUCGAGGAAAUCCCUCGCUUCGUGGACGACAACACAUACGCCCGAGUCUGCCUGUACAUGGUUAGCAUGGUUAACCUCCUAACGUACCCAGAAGACCAACAAUUCCUCCGCACUGCCCACGAGAUCUACGUCACCUACAAGGAGCUCACCAAGGCCAUCGUUCUUGCUAUUCGCCUAAACGACACUGAGCUGAUCAAAAGCGACUUGAACGCCACCUCGGACGAUUCUAUCAAGAAGCAGAUGGCCUUCCUCGUUUCCCGACAACAAAUAUGGCUCGAUCUCCCGGAAUAUGAAGAGGAUCAGUUGUUCAUGGACUGCCUCAACAAUACCUCGAUCCCCAAGCACUUCAAGUCUCUUGGCAAGGAGCUCAACAUUUUGGAUCCCAAGAUGCCCGAAGAUAUCUACAAGACUCACUUGGAAAGCUCGCGUGGUGCUGGCCUCACCAACGUCGAUUCCGCUAGACACAACCUCGCCAGCGCUUUUGUGAACUCGUUCGCUAAUGCUGGAUUCGGAAACGAUAAGAUGAUGCUGGUCGAGGGUGACAAGGGUCCUUGGGUGUGGAAGACGAAGGAUGACGGCAUGCUGUCGACCACUGCUUCUCUGGGAAUGCUCAUGCACAGAGAUGUCGAGAUCGGCCUGGAUAAGAUCGACAAAUACACGUACGCCUCGGAAGAUCAGAUCAAGGCGGGUGCUUUGUUGUCCAUCGGUAUCCUGAACUCUGGUGUCCGGAUCGAUUCUGACCCUGCCCUGGCUCUCCUGAGCGACCCCGAGAAUCUGGAAGCCAAGAGCGUGCCCAUGCGGGUCGCAUCGAUCAUGGGUCUUGGUCUGGCCUAUGCCGGCUCCAACAAGGAGGAGCUGUUGGAGGCUCUUCUUCCGAUCGUCGAAGACAGUGCCCUGGAUAUGCAGCUCUCUGCCAUGGCGGCUGUCUCUCUGGGUCUCAUCUUCGUUGGCUCUUCCAAUCAUCAAGUCAGUGAGGCAAUUGCCUCGACCUUGAUGGACGAGGAGAGACAGAAGCACCUGAAGGACAAGUGGACCCGUUUCAUGGCGCUUGGUCUCGCCCUUCUGUACUUCGGUCGUCAAGAAGAGGUUGACGUUGUUCUUGACAUUCUCAAGGCCGUGGACCACCCCAUGGCUAAGCCCACCUCUGUACUUGCCUCGGUCUGCGCCUGGGCAGGCACUGGCACAGUCCUGAAGCUCCAGGAGCUCCUCCACAUCUGCAAUGACAUCAUCGAGGAGACCGACGAGAAGAAGGGUGACGAGCUCGUCCAGUCAUAUGCUGUCCUUGGCUUGUCGCUCAUCGCCAUGGGCGAGGAAGUUGGCCAGGAUAUGAUUCUCCGACAGUUCGGUCAUCUCAUGCACUACGGUGCCAGCAACAUCCGCAAGGCUGUACCGCUCGCUAUGGGCCUGAUCACCCCUAGCAACCCCCAAAUGAAGGUCUACGAUACUCUUUCGAGAUACAGUCACGACACCGACAACGACGUUGCUAUCAACGCCAUCUUCGCCAUGGGUCUGUGUGGUGCCGGUACCAACAACGCUCGUUUGGCCCAGUUGCUCCGUCAGCUGGCUAGCUAUUACCACCGUGACCAGAACUCUUUGUUCAUGGUUCGCAUCGCGCAGGGUCUUUUGCAUAUGGGCAAGGGCACCAUGACCCUGAAUCCCUUCCACACCGACCGACAGGUCCUGUCGCGUGUAUCAGCUGCCGGUCUGCUCACCGUCCUCGUGUCCUUGAUUGACGCCAAGCAAUUCAUCCUCGCCGAACACCAUUACCUCCUCUACUUCCUCAUCACCGCCAUGUACCCUCGCUUCCUCGUCACACUCGAUGAAGACUUGCAGCCUCUGACUGUGAAUGUCCGGGUCGGUCAGGCCGUGGAUGUUGUCGGCCAGGCCGGUCGCCCGAAGACGAUCACUGGCUGGCAGACGCAGAGCACGCCCGUUCUCUUGGCCUAUGGUGAGCGGGCCGAACUCGAAGACGAGCAAUACAUCCCUCUCAGCAGCACUCUGGAGGGUUUGGUAAUCUUGCGCAAGAACCCCAACUGGGAGGCGGAGACUUCCGCAUAA